AUGUUCGACGGCAAUCACACCAAUCCCAUCAACGGCUCAGAGUCUGCCAAGCCCAAGGACAAUGAGUCCACUGCGCUUAAGAAGGAGAAUCCAGCGCUUGAGAGCCACACGAUCUCGCACAUAGAACUAGCCAACAUCAUCCACGGUCCGCCCGGCACUAAGCGCGUUAUCCAUACUCGACAGAACGAAACUACCAAUGAUCAGACUCCCAAGAACGACAGCGGCCUCGCUUUCGACAACCCCAGAGACCGUCCCAGUCGCAACCCGCUCGGUCCCAAUGUGCAGAUGAGCGGUUCAGCGGGCCGUCACAAAGGCGGUCGCAUCGAGAAGACUGUCAUCCAAGAUUUCGCUUCCACGAUGAAGAAUGGUCAUAUGGACCGACACAGUCCACACCUGUGGCAAAAGAACCUGUUUGCGCAGAGUUUUGUCUCCGAUGACAACCUGCGCCGUGAGCUCGACUUGAAGAUCCAUUCCGGUCACGAUGACAGCCAAGCGUUGGAAGCCAUCAGAAACAAUCCUCAUGAUCAAGAAGUCCUUAACAAGAGAGCGCAGUGGGCUGUCGAACGCGUCGCCUCCGAAUAUAUCCCAGAGGUCACCAAGAAGGACUUAGGAUGGGGGACUCAACUACUUUACGCGUUUAUGUUGUACAAUAUUGAGGGUGCCGAGAGUGUCAAGGUCUUCUUGGAGAGGGCCAUCCGGCAGAAGCAUGCGGUCGAUGUUGUUACCGGUGUCGGGGCUUAUUAUCGGCGGCAUCCAGGUCUUUUGCUGGGAGACAUCAGUCAGCGCAUGCAUCUAGACUCAAUGACGAGCGAUGCAUAUGCGCUUGGAAAACGUUGA